AUGGCAAAUAAUUCUAUAACUGAAAUCUCUCAAAAUAUUAUUAAUACGCAUGACAUUCAUCGAUCAGACCCUCGAGUCGUGGCAGAGUUUGCACAUCAAUGGAAUCAGCCUCGAUAUUUAACCGGAUACGAGGUUUUGAUGCUUACAGUCAAACCAAUCUGUAUCAAUGCUUAUAAUAUUUCAGAUCCUAUAACUAUUGAUGAAAUUGCUCGUUGUAUUUGGAAAGAUUUCACUAAACCUGAACAACGAGAUCAGCAUACUAAUAUAGCAUUUCGCGUAAACGAACUCAGGGUAAAUGAUCCUCAAACAUUUGGAAUUAUUAAUGAUCAAGGAUCGAUGAGAAGUCAUGGUAUUUUUAUUGAACCUGCAGAUGAUACAAAAGUUAUAGGCGUACCACACAUUCCACAUGAUGAUGUGUCAGAUAUUUUCAUUAAUGGAAUUGGUCAUAAUGAAAGAAAUCAGUAUCAAAAUUUCGGGGUUUGA